AUGUCUACCACCACUACCCCAUCCAAGCCCAACCGCAUCACCCCGGAAGAGCAGCUUCAAUUCCUCCUCAGCUGCAUCCGCCACUCUAACAGCGGCAAGAUUGACUUCACCGUCGUCGCACAAGAAUGCAAUAUCAUCACCAAGGCCGCUGCAGCCAAGCGCUACGAACGCCUCCUCAAAUCGCAUGGCAUCAACAGCUCAGGCGGCUCACUCCCCUCUGCCAACAGCACGCCCGCUAAGAAGCGGACCGGGGCUAGUACCAGCACUACUACCGCUACAGAGAGCACGACUCCAUCCACCCCUACCAAGGGCAGAAAGCGCAAGGCCGAUGGCAUCAGCGAUGCAUCGAAGAAGGCCAAGGGGUUGAAGAAGAUGGCUGUCGCUAGGGCUGAGAGUUUGAUGCAGAAGAAGCAGCAUGCUGGUGUUGGGAUCAAGAAGGAGGAAGACGAUGAUGAGACUGAGGAGGAUGAGGAGGUGAAGGCGGCUUUGUGGGAGGAGGGACUCUCUGAUCCGGUUCAUGGUGAUGGUGAGGAGUUGGCUGUGAAGGAGGAGGAGUUGGCUGUGAAGGAGGAGGAGGAGGCUGUGGAUGGUGAGGAGGAGGGGGUUGAGGGCGAUGAUGUGGAGGUGUAUGAGGCUUGA